AUGCUUUCUAACAUUGAUAAAACUGCGGUGGAUUAUGAUGCGAAUAAGGUUACUGGUGGAGUCAGCGAACCUUCUAAAAUUCUUGUGGUUUCACCUAGUGAAUUUGCUUUUGUUGCUACAACAUCCUGUGCUAAUAAUAGUUUAAGUCUUGUUAAUAAGACUCAUUCCGAUUUGGCUGUUGCAAUAUCGAAUAUUACAACUGUAUCAAGGGUUGGCUUGGACAUUGCUAGUUUCCUAUCUCAAUUUGCCUUGGGAACCGCAAAAAUAUCUACCAGCUUAGGUUUAGAUAUUGCGAGAACUAUGACCGGCGUUGUAUCUGAUAGGAUUGUACAAGCAACUAAAGACGGAAAUGGAGGAUUAUUCUUUAUUCCUAGAAUAAUCGACGCUUCAGCAACGUUAUUGCACCGAACACUAUCUUUAACUGAACAAAUAGCGCUAGCCGGUCUAGAAUUCACUUCCGAAACGGUGCAACUUGCCUUAGGAACUGCUUCUGAAAGUAUGAGCCUAAUAGACACUUUAUUCGGAACAACUGAUGCUGCUAAAGCUUUAGCCGAAUUCGUUCAACUUGUUAAACGUGAAUGGGAUUAUCUAUAUGAAGGUGAAGAUAAACUACUUGAACCUGAUGAAUAUGGUGCUUUUAAAGUCGUUAAAGCUCUAACUGCUUGGACUUGUUUACAAUACGUUACCGGUGAAAGAUUUGAAAGGGAUUUAGGUGGUUGGAAAAGAGUUAAAUUAGUAGGUUUAUCAGACAUUUGUAAUGAUUGGGUUCAUGUUAAUCAUGAAGAUGAUUUUUCUGUUUAUAAUGAAUUGGAAUCUAUAUGUUUUGAAGAUGAAGAUGAUGAAGAGGUUGUAGUUAUAGGUCAAAGUAAACCAUCUGGUUCAAAUAAUAUAGUUGUUGGUGAUUUAACUCCGAGAGAUGAAAUAUCUGAAUUUAAGUUUAAUAUGGAUGAAAAUCAAACAAAAAGAUUAAGUGAUCUUUUCAUGGAAACUACAAAAAGAUUUAGUAAUCCUUACCUUCAAGAAAACGGUUCUCAAACUAAGAAAGAAAAAUUAUUCUCUCUUUUACAUAAUCUCAAAAGAUAUUCUAAAUUCUCUUCUUCUGCUUAUGAUAUAAGGAAUGCUAUAAUGGGUGGAAUACCUUUCCCUUUACCUGUUAAUCGUUCAAAGGAAAAGGGUCGAUUACACCGGUUUAAUUUUGCUCGUUCUGCUGAAUUGUCUUCUGAUUCCAUUGUUGAUUCUUCAUUUCAAAGAAGUGCAAAAAAUAAUGGUUCUUAUCAACCUACUUAUUUCUUAAUUCGUGAUCAUACUACAAAAUCUAUCAUUUUGGCUUUACGUGGAACAAUGUCUGUUCAUGAUUUAAUCGUUGAUCUUACUUGUGAAUAUGAAGAUUUUCAAUUUCCAGAGGAUAUUCAACGUGGUGAAUCAACAAAAAAAUAUCAAAUUCAUAAAGGAAUGCUUAAAGUUGCUAAACAAAUUGCCACUCCUGGACAAUCUGGUAUAUUUGAAGCCCUUAAGAGAGAAAUGGAAGCUAAUGAUGAUUAUGGUUUGGUUUUAGUUGGACAUUCGCUUGGUGCUGGUGUUGCGAGUAUAUUAGCUCUUCUUCUUGCCUCACCGAAAAAUUGUAUGACUACACGGUGGAGUCGUUUACCACUUGGUCGUAAAGUUCAUGCAUACGCGUUUGCGACUCCGUGUGUAAUGUCUGAAGCUCUUUCAAAGCGUGUUCAACCCUUAGUUACAUCCGUAGCAUAUGGUAACGAUGUGGUUUGUCGUCUAAGUCUUGGUCAUGUAUUGGAUUUACGUAAUAUGGUCAGGUUUCUUGGUUCAAAUAAAUCAAAAUCUGGUGAAGCUGGAGAAGAGACUGCAAGCAAAAUCAUUAAAAAAUUCAUCGACUAUCAAAGCAGAACGUUUAGUAAUGAUGAAAGAGGAAAAGAAAAUAGAGAAGAAUUUGAAAAUUGGUUCUGGAAAGUUAGAAAUGAUUGUUAUCAACAUAUGCAAAACCCUAAGCUAUAUCCUCCCGGUAAAGUCUAUUGGAUUGUAAAUGGUAAUAGAGUCCCAUAUUGUGAAGAAAAUAAUGAUCAAGAGGAUUCAGAUGAUGAGGAAGAAGGUAUGGACCGGGAGAACUCUUUUCUUGAAGAUAAAACAAAUAAGCAAUAUUAUAUGUUGGAUGUCGAUGUCGAAAAAAUAUUUAAUGAAGUUACGUUUUCUCCACGUAUGAUGAUGGAUCAUCUUCCUCACAUAUAUGGUUAG